CUCUAUUUUUCUCUCAUCCAGAUCUAUAAAUUAUUAUCAAAUUAUUACAACUUGAUCAUUUUUGUGAAAUUAUCAUGAAAUUAAGGCCAAAUUUUACAUGAAUUUUGAGAAUUUGUUAUUCUUUUGAACCCUAAUUUCUGGCUUGUAUUCAGGUUUUAGUUGGUGAAAACAUGUCUUACCGCCAGGGUGAUGCUGAAUAUUUUGCGGAUGAAUAUGAAAUGGAGGAUGUAGAGGAUGAAAUUGAUAUUGAUGGUGAAUCUAUUAAUAGAGAGGGGGGCGAUGCCGAGUCUGACGUCGAUGAAUAUGAUUACUCGAGUAGUAAAGCUGUAGACACUACAGCUGCUCAAGCAAGAAGAGGACAAGACAUCCAGGGGAUUCCUUGGGAUAGCCUUAGCAUCACCAGAGAAAGGUAUCGGCAAACUAGGCUUGAUCAAUACAAGAAUUAUGAAAAUAUCCUCCAUUCAGGGGACAGGUCAGGGAAGGAUUGUAAAAGCACGGACAAAGGAUACUCAUUUUAUGAGUUCAGGAGAAAUUCAAGAUCAGCAAAAUCAACAAUUCUUCAUUUUCAGUUGAGGAAUUUGGUUUGGGCUACAUCAAAGCAUGAUGUAUACCUUAUGUCACAGUUCUCAGUGACACACUGGUCUUCUUUGACCUGCACAAGUUCUGAAGUACUCAAUGUUUCAGGACACGUUGCACCAUCAGAGAAACAUCCUGGAAGUCUAUUGGAGGGGUUUACACACACUCAAGUUAGUACACUUGCAGUAAAAGAUAAUCUUCUGGUUGCUGGAGGAUUUCAGGGUGAACUUAUUUGCAAGCACCUAGAUCGACCUGGUGUCAGCUUUUGCUCAAGGACUACUUAUGAUGAUAAUGCUAUCACCAAUGCCAUUGAGAUUUACGAUUCACCUAGUGGUGCAGUUCAUUUCACAGCAUCAAAUAAUGAUUGUGGAAUCAGAAACUUUGAUAUGGAGAAAUUUCAACUUUCUAAGCAUUUCCGUUUUCCCUGGCCAGUGAAUCAUACUUCUCUCAGUCCAGAUGGUAAGCUACUUCUGAUUGUUGGAGACAAUCCUGAAAGUAUGUUGGUUGACUCUCAAAAUGGAAAGACUAUUGCUCCAUUAUCUGGGCACUUAGAUUUUUCAUUUGCAUCAUCAUGGAAUCCCGAUGGGGUAACCUUUGCUACCGGAAACCAGGACAAAACCUGUCGGAUUUGGGACAUGCGGAAUUUAUCCAAGUCAGUGGCAGUGUUGAAGGGAAAUCUCGGAGCCAUCCGUUCGAUCCGGCAUUCUUCCGAUGGCAAGUAUAUGGCUAUAGCAGAGCCUGCAGAUUUUGUGCAUGUAUAUGAUGUGAAAAGUGGGUAUGAGAAAGAACAAGAAAUUGAUUUCUUUGGUGAGAUAUCAGGCAUAUCUUUCAGUCCAGAUACCGAAUCCCUUUUCAUUGGGGUUUGGGAUCGUACUUAUGGUAGCCUUCUCGAAUAUGGCCGGCGCCAUAAUUACUCAUACCUUGAUUCAAUGAUUUAGUUGCAUGUUCAAGAAGAGGGAUAAGUGACAUGACAGUCAGUGCACUUGAACAACCUGCUUUACAUAUCCUUUAGGGGUAGGUUGAUGUAUGUAUAAAUCGAGUGUCCUGCAAAUGUCCUCAAUUUGUAGUUGUAUUAGGGUGUGUUUAUAUCAGUGUGUGUGUGGGAAGCGAGGUAUAGUAAGUAGGCUAGAAGUUGAUGGUGCAAAUAGAGGUGGAAUGUUGUGUGACUAUCUUGAGAUGUUGAGUACCAUCAUCACUAUGUAAUGCAGUUAUUUCUAUCUUGGAAACUCAUUUUGGCAAGAAUAUCUAAAUAAUGUAAUUUAUUGGUCUUAUUAGCUCAUUGAUUGUCUUGUUAA